UGUUGCUUUUGACGAACUGAACAACUGAAAGCGAACUAAAAACUAAGUCAAGUGUAACAGUGCAAGAGUGCAAGUCUUGAGAAAGUACAAACUAAUUGGUUAGUUUGUUACUCCUUUGGUGUCGAAUAGAAUUGGAUGAGAACCAAACAAAAAGUUCUUCCCAACAGCUCACGUAUACAAAUAUUGUCAAUAAUUAUUCAACUAUUGUGAAUUGUGACGUUUGAUUGAAUGAAAAUGUCAUCGUGUUGGCCUAUUCCCUUUGUUUAGGCCUAGUUUCAUGUAAGUUAUUGUUGCAUUUGCAAGAGUCUGAUCUGAUUCUAUUGAAUAGGCCUAGUUCGCAUUGUCAAGAAUGCUGUUUGGUAUUGUUGUUAGUAAAUCUAUCUAAAGUUCUUAUUUCUUUAAACAAUUUUAUGGAACUAAUCUAGUUUUUGGUUGGAUGGAUAUCAGCGAAGGCUUUACAUGUGAAACCAAUAUAAUGGUCUAAAUCAGGAGCAUGGAAAUCGAAGAUCCCAGUAUUCUAGAUUCUUGCCUGCACACAGAGAUUCAUAAUGGAAGACUACAUUACAACCAGUUUGAAAGAGUUCAACCUCUCCCAUGUGAUAGCAUGGGCUUCCGCAACGGUGAUGAUAUUCGGUGGCGUUGUUCCAUUCAUCCCUCAAUAUCGAGAAAUCAAACGGAAAGGAGAUGCAGAAGGCUUUUCUCUUUACGUGUGCCUUGUUCUUCUAAUUUCUAAUAUUUUAAGGAUAUUGUUUUGGUGCGGUAAGAAGUUUGAGACUCCUCUUCUGAUUCAAAGCAUGAUCAUGACAGUUGCCAUGUUUUUUAUGAUUCAUGUUUGUGUUUCGGUGAAAAACAAGAGCCAGAUUAUCCGGGGUCCUGACAGACUUUUUACAGGUGCCCCAAGCGUUCAAGUGGUGAGACCGGCAGUUCGUAGGUCAUUAAUGGAUUUUGAAUGGAGGUAUUUCUGGCAGUGGACAGAUUUCUGGUCGUACGUGGAGUGUGUACUCAGUGUAACACUCAUGUUUUCACUGACAACAUUCGUCUUACGGGAUUCAAAGUUUUACAUCGAGGCGCUCGGUUUUGCCGCUCUGUUCACGGAGGCCAUGCUCGCUGUGCCGCAAUUGGUGCAGAACUUCCGCAACAAGUCCACUGAAGGCAUGAGCGUCCUAAUGGUGGUCAUGUGGCUGUUUGGAGACUGUUUCAAGACAACAUACUUCAUUCUGCGUGACGCUCCUGCGCAGUUCUGGCUCUGCGGCUCGCUGCAGAUCGUCAUCGACAUCUUCAUCCUAGGACAAGUCUACUGUCGAGAAUCCUUCUUCAUCCUUCCUUUGUUAGUGGACAAAGCAGUUCACAGAUUGCGUAAGCUGAAGAAUAAAAAUGUCAAAAUCUAACUCCUAGGUCAAAAACUACUGUUGAUGCACUAAUUUCUUAGCACAAACUAGUAUUAAGGUAUUAGUAUAGGGAAGAAAUUAUAUAUCUACUGUUAUCAAAGUUUAUAUGUAUGUCGUUGCAAGUAUUGUUAUGUUUGAUGGCAAGUUGAGAAACAAUGUUUAGUUUCGGCAGUUGAAACUGAUGUUGUAUUUGUCCCGCGUUGAAAUGUGUUUCUUCUUUAAAAAUACUGUUUUCCAAUUUAUUGAUGUUUGUAUGUUAAGUUUUGACCAAUAUGCUUGUAAGUUUACAUGCAGUUAUGUUACUAGAUUGGUUUAAGCUCAGGAAUUGACCCAGUACUUAAAAUUCCUGAGACUGAUAUUUUCUCAAAGAUGUUUGAAUAUUUUCUGAAUGAUUUUAUUACUGCUGUAUAUUUUGAUCAAUGUGUAUUUAUUUGUAUAUAUCACUAACCUAGUUACCUAAGACUGAAAACAAUAGCUUGAAGCUAUUUAUGGGCAUAUUUUAACCUGAGUUGUUGAUUAAAUCUUAUCAAAUGUUUGCUUUUGUAUACGAUUAUUUUAAAAAUGUAUUUUGGAAAAAUAGGCAAUUUGUGUUUUUGUUCUUGUAUUUGUAACUUCAAUGUCAUAACACCCUCCUUGAAGCUUCUGAUGCAUACAUAGUUACUCAAAUUUACUAACACUGAUUUGGGCACUCAAUAUUAUCUAUUAGCUUUGUACAUAUGUAAAUUGCAUAUAGAUAUUAUAAAUUAUAUUUUGUUAUAAGAUAUUUAGCUUAACUCAAAUUACUUCCAUAUAUUGCUUCAUUACAUUUCCUACACUGUAAACUUUAGUUUGAAUGGCUGAUAUAAAAAAAGAGUAUACAAAUUUUAACAACUUUGCAUAAUAACUUGAAAAAAAACAAACACAAUAAUUGUAUAUCUGAAUUGAGCAUUAGGGCUUAGAACUAGUGUUUAUGAAACAUCAUUUUAAGGCAAGAGUAUGCCCUGGGCUUCACUAAUGUGGUGAUUGCCAGGUUUAAUAUUUACCUAAAUAUCAACUUCACAUUUUUUCUAACUAUGAUAUAUUCUUAUGAUACAAGUGGGCCUAAAUUAGCAUAUAAUUUUUUAAUAUCUACUACCGAACAUAUUUAUAGCCCCUCAAAGAUAUUACUUUGUAAAAGUAUAUAAUAAAAAGAUGGGCCUACUAUAAACCUCUAAUUUGGUUCUCAAGUUAUAAUUUUGGAUUGAUUUAAGCAUUGCUAUUUUAGUAUUUUGUUAUUUUUUACACUUACUCCUGAUAUAAACACCUUUAGACUAUCAGCCCAGUUAGCCAAGUAUUGAAUCUGGAAAAUGUUUCAAUGAAAUGUAUCUAUUGGAAGUGUCACUUGCCGUCCAUCAUCUCUGCACAUACAAGACUGUCAAACUAACGUGAUUGCACACUUAUUUUACUUGUAAAACUAUAAUAAUACAUUCAUUUUACCUGUAUGGGAGAUUUUGGGGUAAAGUAUAUUGUCUUAUACAUAUGAAUGUCUGAUUUAGCAAGCUAGAUUAAACACUCAGUAUUUUAUAUUUGUUUGUUUUAGUAACUGAAAAUAAUUUUAAUUUUAAAUUUUUACUGUUAUUAGUUGAUUUUAUUCCAUAUUAUAGUGAAGUUCUUGAGGUAGCUUUUUAAACAAUAUCACAUCGUAUCCUUGAGUAAACGAGAACUUAAAACUGAUAUGCGUUUGACUAAAUGGAUCGUUUUUAUGAUGAUAACAUUAAUUGUACAAAUAAAUUUGUUCCGUUUAAAAUGUAAUUUUGUCAUACUGCGCCUUCAACGGCUGUUUUCAGUAAAUGCAUCGCAUAAUUAAGUAAUUUGUUUAUACAUAGGGUAUAAAAGCAUUAAAGUGUAUUGUUGUUUGAAUAAGCUGGGGUUGAGGGAAUAUAUCAGCUGUCCCUUAUUCUUGCUCGAAAACUUUGUUAGCAAAUUUCCCAUAUAGGGAAUAAGCUAUUACCGUAGUAGUCUACUUGUGGUUAUUCCUGGACCCGGAACCGAUUUAAUUUUACGUUUUGAGGUCCCUAGAGGCCAAAAACACCAUCCGUUCAAUGUGUGUGUCCGUUCGUUUGCACAAUAGCUUGAGCAAAAAUGAUUUUGAUGAAAUUUGGUAUAAACGUGUAAACCAACAUUUAUUCAAAUGAGUUUGCGUACUAGCAUGUUCGGACUAUGGGAACAGGGGUUUAUGGGGUAAAAACUGGUUUUCCCCAUUUUUGACCCAUAAAACAUAAAGAUAAGCAAUUUCUUUCCAAAACAUUAUGUAGAGCUUAAGAAAACAAUUAAUUUAGUAUAUUGAAGCGUUAUGUGCCUAAUGGUUAUGGAGAAAAUUCCCCAAAAAAAUUUAAUUUAAAAUUCCCAUGUUAUUCUUAUGGAGAAUAAGUAAACUGUUGUAGUUUGCCUUGUUUAUGAACAUAUUUUGAUCAAAUUUGGAAAAUACAUUUAUUUCUUUAUAAACUAUUCACAUUUUACAAAAACAAAAAAAAUACUUUCACCCUCCCUGUUGUGACAAACCUUAGUUCUCGUUAAAGUAAUUAUGUUUAAAUAAGGAAUGAAUGGGAUAUUUUAAAGGAGACAUUUUAGUGUAAAUCCAAUCAGGCAAAUGGAAAUUCAGGCAAUCAGGCUUUGUCUGCAGGUUUGCUGCGGCGGGGGUAUUUUUAAAUGGAAAGUACAGUAGUUAAUAUUUUUAUAUUAUUAAUUGUCAUUUGCUGGAUUGCUAUUGCUUACUUAGCAACCCUAUCACUGCAAAUAUACAUCCUAUAUACAUAAAAAAAAUGCAACCCCUUGUAUAUUAUUGCCGUUACAAUCUGGAAGUCGCCAGUUUGAUUUCAAGCAAGAUCGUUUCUGGAUCCAGAUGUCAUUUGUUAUUGGUCCAUCAAUUACAUAUCAUAUCCAACAAAACGCUGAAAUAGAUAGGAACAAGACCAUUCCCUUACAAAAAACGUCAAAAAUUCCAACGGUGUAGCAAAAAAAUGUCUCGGUAUAUACAUGAUAUUUCUUUAUACAACUGUGUAAGAUGACCUAUAAACAUGAGCCCUGAAUCAGUUAUCUCAAAAAUUGGUGCAGUAUGACAAAAAACAUGACAAAUCUAACUUUUUAGGGUUUUGUAAACAUAAUUUUUAGGCUGUGAGAUAAAUUUUAGUUUUGAUGAUUAUUUAUUCCUUGGUAAAAUACAAUUUUAUAUCAUAGUUAAUUUGUUAAUUGUACAACUUUAUCUUGAUGGUAAAUUUUUCCUUCUAAGAAAAUUGUGUUAUAAUUAAUUUUAACGUCUUACAACAUUUCCGCAUGAAUUGCAAUUGAAGAAUUGUUUGUGAUUUUAAACAAAAUUCAAACCAACUGAGCAACCCUAUUGCUGCAAAUAUACAUCCUAUAUACGCAUGAAAAAUUCAACCCCUUUUUAAUUAUUGCUUAUUUCAUUUAGAUAAAAUGAAAUUACACUUACGCAAUUGAGAACCUAAGAUUUGAAGUUGCCUAAACUGUAUUAUUCGCCAAUUUAAACGUUUUAUUCUUGAUUUUGGGCAUAAUACAACCACCAAUGUUUUUCCACUUUAUACAUGUUAUUUGCAAAGAUACACAAUAUUUACAUAUUUUUAUAAUAUAAUACAUAUCCUUCCUACUUUAGAUAAACAAACCAACUAAAUGAAACUCUAGAAAAAGCAAUGAAUACCAUUAAUCUAGUUGCCGCCAUCUUUGAUAUUAGCUAGAUGCAAAACCUAUAUACCUAGUCUUGUUUUCUUUUGUUUGUUUUAAACUAUAUUUUAAUUUCGCAAAAUUAUGAGAAAUAAAUAGUACUAGUGUGAAACGUUUUGUAAGCUACAAUGGCAUUGACCACUUGACCACUUAACACCAAUAUUGUUAUCAUGCCUUUACAUACAAUAAUAUUGUAUUUGUACCGUGGAGCUACUCACAACAAUGCAUACCUUUAUUUAACAAGAAAUUAACAAUUUCUCUUCAGCAUAUUUACUAUACUUUCCUAAACUUUUAAAGAUUGUAUUUACAACUUAUCUGGGAGUCCUUUCCAGUGUUUCAUCUAGUUUGUUGUUUUUAUAAAAUAGUUAAGAACUAAGAAGUUUAUUAACUCAAUUUUAGGGCUACAGAUGUGCCGAUUUGUUGACUGCGUUUAUUCUGCACAUGUGAUAAAACAUGGGGUUUCCUACACUGUUAUAUUGCCAUCAGCUUAUUUUUAAGUACCUAAAUAAAAAAUAAAAUCAGCAA